AAAAAGGAAGUAGAGUAGCUGGCUAGCAGUUAUUAGUCAGCUCGAAAAGCCAGCCAGUAGGUUUGAAAAGGAUGUACAAUUCAACGUAUUUUACUAAAAUACGGGUUUUAAUAUUCGGGAAAGAUAGCAAUAGCAAACAGGUACACCACCUUGUAGAUGCAUAACUUUGCGGGUUGCUUAUGUUUUUGACUGUUAGCUAAUUUAAUUGCGUAAUUUUACUGCUUGAUUCUGAACGACAACGUCCUUAGCUAACAGGCUAGCGUUAGCUGAAUGUAUUUGGUUAGCCAGUCUUGAUUUAAUCAACAAGGGAACUACAAAAGCAGCUUUUUAAAUUAUCCGUCAGUUGUAUGCGGGAAACACAAUAAGGAAAGGAGUCAUCUUCGACGAUGAGAAAAACAACUGAACAAGGUGCUGGGUGGUGAGAGAACAGAAGGCAGUGUGGACGGCAUGCUGAGGCGACUACACCUGCCCCAGAAUGAGUGUCAAUGAUGGCGAAGGCGGAGCAGCUAGCAAAGAUGGGCGGGCCUACAGCCUGCAGGUUUACCCACGACUCUCAGCGGACUGCCCACCUUGCUGUUCCCUCAAGGUGCCCAAGGAUGCCACGGCUGCCUCUGUCAUCCAGGACGCAGCCUCUGCCCUGGGUGUGGACCCGCAACUCCUCUACGUGCUGGCCGAGGUGAAGGAGUGCGGCGGGGAGGAGUGGGUGCUGGAGUCGGGGGACCUCCCCGUCCAGAGGGUCCUGCUGUGGCCUCGCAAAGCCCAGGAGCAGCACCCCCAGAGCGAGGGCUUCUACUUUGUUCUCCAGGAGAGGAACCGCGACGGCACCAUCCACUACGUCCACCUUCCCGUCCUCUGCAAGGAGCAGGAGGCACAGAGGUUGGCGGCCAGAGGCUUCCUCCCCCCGCGCCAGGAGGACUUUGAUGACCUGUGCAACCUCCCAGUGCUCAAUGAGAGCAGCAUCCUGGAUAACCUGCGUAACCGCUUCCACAAGAAAAAGAUCUACACCUAUGCCGGGUCUAUCCUCAUUGCCAUCAACCCCUUCAAGUUCCUACCCAUCUACAACCCCAAGUACGUCAAGAUGUACGAGAACCAUCAGCUGGGGAAACUGGAGCCGCACAUCUUUGCCAUCGCGGACGUGGCCUACUACGCCAUGCUAAGAAAGAGGGUAAACCAGUGCAUCGUUAUCUCUGGGGAGAGCGGCUCAGGAAAGACGCAGAGCACCAACUUCCUCAUCCACUGUCUGACUGCCCUCAGCCAGAAGGGCUAUGCCAGUGGAGUGGAGAGGACCAUCCUGGGUGCUGGGCCUGUGCUGGAGGCGUUUGGGAAUGCCAAGACGGCCCACAACAAUAACUCCAGCCGUUUUGGGAAGUUCAUCCAGGUCAACUACUUGGAGAGCGGGGUGGUGAGAGGGGCAAUCGUGGAGAAGUAUCUCCUGGAGAAGUCUCGCCUGGUCUCCAGAGAAAAGAAUGAGAGGAACUACCAUGUGUUUUACUAUCUACUGGUGGGAGCGUCCGAGGAGGAGCGCAGGGAUUUCAAACUCCUGCAGCCUGAAGAUUACCUCUACCUCAAGCAGCAAAACUUUAAGAUCGAAGAUGAAGAAGACCUGCGUCAUGAUUUUGAGAGGCUGCAGCAGGCCAUGGAGAUGGUGGGCUUCCUGUCUGCCACUAAGAAACAGAUCUUUUCUGUGCUGUCGGCCAUCUUGUACCUGGGCAACGUGACGUACAGGCAGACGUCUACAGGCCGAGACGAGGGACUGGACGUGGGACCACCGGAAGUCCUGGCUACCCUCUCAGACCUGCUCAAGGUGGAAGAGGAGUUGCUGGUCGAGGCACUAACUAAGAGGAAAACGGUGACAGUCAAUGACAAGCUGAUUCUGCCCUACAGCCACAGUGAGGCCAUCACUGCGAGAGACUCCAUGGCCAAGUCUCUGUACAGUGCACUGUUCAACUGGAUUGUCCUGCGCAUCAAUCAUGCACUGCUCAACAAGAAAGACAUGGAGGAAUCUGUCCCGUGUUUGUCAAUAGGGGUCCUGGACAUAUUUGGCUUUGAGGACUUUGAGACCAACAGCUUUGAGCAGUUCUGUAUCAACUAUGCAAACGAGCAGCUUCAGUAUUACUUCAACCAGCACAUCUUCAAACUUGAGCAGGAGGAGUACCAGGCGGAGGGCAUCACCUGGCACAACAUAGACUACACUGACAACGUGGGCUGCAUCCACCUCAUCAGCAAGAAGCCCACUGGUCUCCUGUACCUACUGGACGAGGAGAGCAACUUCCCCCAUGCCACUGAUAAGACCCUGCUGGCCAAGUUUAAGCAGCAGCACCAGGAGAAUAAGUACUUUGUGCCCACGCCUGUGAUGGAGCCUGCCUUUGUCAUCCACCACUUUGCUGGGAAAGUCAAAUACCAGAUCAAGGACUUCCGGGAGAAGAAUACGGACCACAUGCGUCCAGACAUUGUGGCUCUACUGCGCAGCAGUGACCGGGCCUACGUGCGUCAGCUGAUCGGGAUGGACCCUGUGGCCAUGUUCCGCUGGGGCAUCCUGCGAGCCACCAUCAGGGGGAUGGCGGCCUUCAACGAGGCUGGACGCCGCUGGGCCGCCAAGACCGCAGGUGUGCAGCGCCCCACUUCCAGGACUCCUUUGGGGGAGCUGCAGAGGUCCAACACGCCUGUAGAAAGGAUGUACCGGGACAUGCAUGCCCAGAUAAUCAGCUCCAUUAAGGACUUGCAGCUGGAUGGCGAGGACCCUCGCAAGCUGCUGCAGUCCUGGGGUCGCCUGCGGUUCCCUCGACACCUCCUUCAGAAAAACAAGAGUGCGAAGCAGAAACAGAUCAUACCCAAGAGCCUGCUGGACUCUCGCUCCCUGAAGUUCAUCGUCGGUCGGACCAUCCACGACCGCUCCACCAAGUCUCUGCAUCACCUCAACAAGAAGAAGAAGACCCCCAGCAUCAGCGCUCAGUUCCAGACCUCUCUGACAAAGCUGCUGGAGAAUCUGGGCAGAGCAGAGCCCUUCUUCGUCCGCUGUAUUCGCUCCAACUCUGAGAAGAAGGAGAUGUGCCUGAAUGAGACCCUGGUGCUGCAGCAGCUGCGCUACACAGGCAUGCUGGAGACUGUUCGCAUCCGAAGGUCUGGCUAUGGAGCCAAGUACACCUUCCAGGAAUUCAUCGAGCAAUUCCGAGUGCUGUUGCCCAAAAACGCCACACCCUCCAAGCCAGAGGACAUCUCAGCCUUGUUCCAGAGGAUGAAUCUAGACCACACCACCUACCAGAUAGGCAAAACCAAGGUUUACCUGAAGGAACUAGAGCGUCAGCAGCUGCAGGACACGCUGCACAAGGACGUGAUGCGUAAGAUCAUCUUCCUGCAGCUCUGGUUCAGGGCACGCCUGGAGAGGAGGUACUUCUUGGAGAUGAGACAGGCGGCCAUCUUGAUCCAGCGUGCAUGGCGUAGGCAACACAAGGAGAGACGGCGUCAGGCGGCCACGCUGAUUCAGGCCGUUUGGAGGGGCUCUAGACAGAGAUCACAGUACCUCCACAGGCGGACCAGCAUCAAGAAGAUACAGGCUCUGGCCAGAGGACACUCAGCACGGAGGAGGUGCCAUUCAAUACGGGAGGACAGGAGGAAAAAGGAGGAUGAGGAGGCCAGGAGGGAAGAAGCUGCAGCUAGGCUAGUGAGAGAGGCAGAGGAGGCAACCCGACUGGAAAUGGAUGCAGAGGAAGAGGCGUUCAGGAGAAAGAAAGAGGCAGAGUGGGAGUCCGCGGAGAGGAGGGAGAAUGAAGAGGCAAGGCUGAGGCAGGCAGAAAGCGUCAAUGAGGAACCUGAGACACAGGAGGAACUAGAGGCACAGGUGGUAGCUGAAAGGACUCUAGAUGAGAGCCGGCAUUGGGACAAAGUGCCUGUCCAGGACAAGGAGGAGCAGAGGGAGGAAGUGGAAGAUGGAGAAACUGCAGUUAGUUCACCUUCUGAGAAGGUGGAAAAGGGGAAUGCCUCUGCAGUCUCCCAGCCUGAUAAGGGCAACAGUACACAGGCUGAGGCUGGAACCCAGCUGGAGGAGAAGAGCCAGGCUGUGGAGGAACAGGAGCAAGCCCACUCCGAGGAGCCCGAGGAGGAGGGGACCACAGAGGCAGCUGCCCCCUACUCACCAGAGAGACACAAGGGGGCUCAGGCGGCUGCGGAGGCUACCCCCUCUGCAGACCCCCAGUCGGGGCAGAAGAAGCUACGUCCUCCCCCCCUCCACAAGGUCACAGCCUCCAGGAGCCAGGAGAAGAGGGAGCUUCGGCGCCAGCGGGGCCUGGAGCACAGCCAGAGAGAGAGUAAGCGGGUCGCCUCGGCAGCCACCAAGGAGGAGCCAUCCCCUAAGGUCAUAGAUCAGGAGGCAGCCAGCCGAGCCGAGGAAAAGCCAAAAGGCCGGACGGAUAGCAAGGAAAUGGACCAGUACACCUUUGUAGCCUGGAAGAAGGACGACAAGGGGAAGAAGGAAGCCAAAGCCACCACCCCUGCUCCUAUACGCCCCAGCACCUUACCCCUGAACCCCCCUGAGCCAAUGGCUAACAGGAACGGCCAUGAGGUCCUGGGUCCCGGCAACCUGACUCGGUACAGCCAACAGGACGCUAUGAAGGAGAAGGCAGACAAAUGGAAGGAGGGGAAGAUUGAUCUACAACAACCAGAGAGUACCAGUCCUCCUGAGGCCCACAGCAAGGACAGGAUAAAAAAAUAUUCACAGAGUGUUGGAAACUCGUCAUCUUUUGAUGCUAUGUCCCCUGGAUCGGCUGGUGCUACGUCAAACAGAGAGGUCAGAUCACGUUACCGUAAACGUGCCAAACACAAACGUCGGCUAGCUCGUAGACGCUCGCCUUUUAAGAAAAGUGCGGAAGUGGACUAUUGGACCUGCUUCCCUUUGUCCCCUGUGGGCCCAAGCAGGCCCUUGCACUCAAAGUCCAUGGAUAAGUCUCCUACAGAGGAUGGGUCAAAGGGCAGCAUGAAGAGGAGGACCCAUGACACAUCAGGCCACCAGGACACUGUCCAUACUCAUCCUUCCACCCCAGAGAAACCCUCAGGGUUCCUGAGGAAGAUCCUGAAGAAACGUCCCCAUAAGGAGCCUCAGACCCCUGACGAUGUAGAAUUGACCAUGGCCCAGGCCCUGAUCGAACGAGGAGAAGACCCGGCUAGCGGAGGUCGGGCGGUGAGCCGGAACCCCACCAUCAAGAUCAGCCGGGCCACACGGGUCUCAGAGCAGUGGAACGCCUCAUUGGACCGGGAGAUUACCAACGCCAACGAGCUCCGACAUCUGGAUGAGUUCCUGGGGAAUCAGGUGAAUGACUUCCGCUCCAGGGGGAAGCAGUUGUCGGCAACCGAGCACAUCUUCGUCACAGCCACCAUGCAGUUCAGAGAGACCAUCAAGGGAAUGUACUCUCUCCCAAAACCCCACAUUGGCUACAACGGUCUGAUGCGUGGCUACCAGAACAAGGUGAUCAGCCUGGCCGGAGACAAGCAGAAGGGUGAGGUGCAGCUGGUGGUCAACCUCUUUCAGUCUGUCCUGGACGGCUUCAUACGGGGAGAGAUCAAGAAGGAGGAGGCAGAACCAGCUAAGCCUGAUAAAACUCGGAAGAAGAGGCGCAAAAAAUACAAGAGUAUGGAGAACCCUUUGGACCAUGUGUUCAGCACGUACCAGGUUAACAUCAUGCAGUCCUGUGACCAGUGCAGCUCCUAUAUCUGGGGCAUGGAGAAAGCCUGCAUGUGUAGCUAUUGCAAGAUGGUGUGCCACAAGAAGUGCCUCUGCAAAAUUGUCACAGACUGCUCCACGUUUUGUGUCAAAAAGAGUGAUGAGGAGUCUGGAGGCCUGCACUUUGGGGUGCGAGUCUGUCACCUGACCAGCGACAAAAACACUGUUCCCAUGGUGCUGGAGAUAAUGCUGGAGCACGUGGAGAUGAACGGCCUGUACACGGAGGGGAUCUACCGCAAGUCUGGCUCUGCCAACCGCAUGAAGGAGCUCCACCAGCUAAUGGAGACUGACCCCCACGCUGUGUGCCUGGAGGACUACCCCAUCCACACAGUGACGGGGCUGGUCAAACAGUGGCUGAGGGAGCUGCCUGACCCCCUCAUGACCUUCAUUCAUUACAAUGACUUCCUUCGGGCCGUAGAACAUCCUGAAAAGCAAGAACAGCUACAUGCCAUCUACAAAGUGUUGGAACAACUCCCCACCGCAUGCUUCAACACCUUGGAAAGGCUCGUCUUCCAUCUAGUCAGAGUGUCUAAGGAGGAGUCUCACAACCGCAUGUCUCCCAACUCCCUGGCCAUCGUGUUUGCCCCCUGCAUCCUCCGCUGUCCCGACAGCGCCGACCCGCUCAUGAGCAUGAGGGACGUGGCCAAGACCACCACGUGUGUGGAGAUGCUGAUCAACGAGCAGAUCCGAAGCUACAACGAGAAGAUGGAAGAGAUUGAACAGCUGGAGUAUGCCGAGGCUCUGGCCGUCAACCAGCUCAAACUCAAGAGGCAGAACACGCUGCACUGGCAUUUGCCCCUCAGGUUUUCUGCUCCGUACAAAGGAGUGGUGGUGCAUGAGAAAGAGUGCUCUGACCCGACUGUGGUCCCUGGGAACGAUGUUCCGCUGGACUCCGAUACGGAGGCUGAGAAGAACCUGAUGGCGCGCAUCAAGUCCAUCAAACAGGAGAAGGAGGAACUAGCCUACAGACUGCCAGAGCUGGAGCAGCCUGGUUCAGACCAGGAGAACCUGGAUUCUGAGGCGUCGGUGAGCUCUGAGAGCCUGCUGGACGAGCGCUGCCACAACUCUGAGCCCGAAGGUCUAGACAAGCUGUGGUGAAACUGGUGGUGCAUUUAAAGAGGGUGGCGGAGGUCUGCUCUCUAGCAGGCCAAGCUGACCUUGCCCAGAGACCUAAGGCCCCAGGGGGCAUUCCUCUCUCUGCAACCUAGUCUCCUCUGGCUCCACUCCCGGCCACAACGCCAUCGCCCCAUCAUCCUCGGCACAGUAAAGCUGCCGCCGGGCAUCCGCUCGCAGCCCCCCGCUGCGGCCCUCAACCCCUCCUGCCAGCCGUGGCUUCAGCCUGAUCAACAGGCGGAAACAGCCCGCCCGAUGCAAAGACGGCACCCAGUCCCUGUACAUCAGUCCAGACAAAGGCCUGUUCCCCUCUCCCACCUCCUCCCUCUCUAGCUCCACACCACAAAGUCUCCAGGCCACCAGCAAGGCCCUCAGACGCUUCUCAGACCCUGACAUCCCCUAUAGUGACCCAGCUUGACACAGACAGGAGGCAGAAUAGAACUCGAUAAGGAACUGGAUAUCUAUGGUGGGCCCCCCUCGGUCUUGAGGAUACAGUAUGGAGUCUAUUAUUGUCGCUGUUGCCAUGGACACGGAUCAUGGAUGUGUGUUUAUAUACUUGUGACUUAUGCCUGGUAAUAACAGGAUGUGUCACCAAGCACUUUUUCUACACUUAAUAUAUUGUUGUAGUUUUUUAAGAGACAAAUUAAAUCAAGUUUGCGCGGCCGCAUGGAAUCUAUGGACAAAUGUUUUCUUUUUUAAAUACUUAGUUUUCAUGAGGAAAAACUGCAGGCAAUUGCACAUUUCCAUUCCACGGUCUCCUUAUGAGAAGACCCAAACAGUUUGCUCAAUGUAAAGUCAAUAGUGCCUUGAUUUGCACAUUGUCAAGUGUACAAAUUCGUUGGUAAUUUCUACUUUUAAUAUUCGAUGGGGGGGGGUAUGUAUCUUUGUAUGAUACUCUUGUGCUGAUUCAAGGAAAUUGUACCAACUCGAGACAUGCUCGAAUGAGGACCAAAACACUUGUGAUCCAGUUAUGGUGCCUUGAACAGCCUUCUCGUGGGAAAUGGAUUAACGCCACGUUCUUCCCUCUCCCACCAUUUCCUCCCUGUAUAGGAACUGCUUUCACUUGUCAAAGGGGAAAUGGGAGCAGCACUAGCCACUUUCCUCCUGGAUGAAAACCCGCUAAACCCUGGUCAAGGUCUGCAUGCCAUGUCUUAUAAAUGGACCUUUUUUUAGAUUCUACUUUCUGUAACGUUUCUGCAGCUACAUACAUAUGGCUUCAGUCAACUGUACUGUACCUGCCACUAUGUCAAUCGGAGGGUCAGGAUCACUAUCGACUACAGAGGACCCCCUCUUCAAAAGUUGUUUGACAUGUAAUACUAAUGAGUGAUUCCUCAUGGAACCAGACCCCAAAAAAACAUGCUUUUGGUUUUUUUUAACGAAAUGUAAUCUAUGGAAUAGUCCUUUGGAGGAAGGAUUGUCAUAUAUUUGACAUGUUGUAUCUAAAAGCAUAAUUUGAGAAAUAAUGAAUCAAAGUUGGCAUUUGUAUGUCAUUUUGGACCUCACCUAGGCCUCCUUUUAAAGCUCCAUGAUGUUUCAUCUGUAGAUGCGAAAGUAAAGAUUGGUGUCAUAUGAAGCUCUACCUCUAUGAGUAGUAUUUUCAUUUCAAUAAGAAAUUUUUUACAUUAAUUGAUGAAUAUUGACAUAUUGAAAAUAUAUAUAUAUUUUUUGAUUUGGCCUAUUUAUCAAUAUAUUGUUGAACAUACUUUAGUCUACGUGCAUAUCAAAGUUCAAGAGUGGGAUCUCUGUUAGUUUAAGUUAUGGCCCAUUUUUAUCCAGAGAAAUUGACAUAGUAGGCAUUGUAGCCAAUCACAGCCCUCCUUUUACUUGUAUCAUUGCACAUCCUGAAAAUCACCAGCAGGAAUCCAUUUUCACUUUCACUCUGUUGGUAAUGCUUACAAAUUGGAUCAUAACGCUAAAAGUAACACCCCAGUCUGGAACUUUGAUAUGCCCGCAGAGUAUAUUAUGUUCAACAAUAUAGGUAUCGAUAGCAAUGAUUCUCAUCUAUCAUUGCUUAAUAAUCACUGCUCUAUUGGACAUAACACCUGAAACAUCUCAUUUUUAAAAAGUCUUGUUUGUAUGUUUUUUUUUUUAGACCUUUGAGCUAUUGCUCUGGGUAGGAAAUAGUCAAUGUGUUAGCACAGGACGAUAGCCUAGCUCCUUCUGCAUCGCUAGAGCUAUUGCUUGAGCUAAUAGACGCUUGAGGGACCUGAAUGAGUCUAAUGCAUUAUCAAAUGCCUCCUAGCGUGUAGAGGAGAACCAACACAAUCGACCAAGCCAUUGUUAACGUGUUCAAAAUGUGAACCUGAACUGAUAAUUUUGGGUACCUGUCUGGGGUUAUUAGUAGGACCCCAGAGCAAAGCGUUAAAGCUUCAUAUGACACUAAUUGUUGCUUUGUAGCAUCUACAGAUUCAACAUUAUGGUGUGUUAAAGGAAUAAAGACAAAAUGUCAAAUAUCCCAGUAAUACUUCUUCCAAUGGAUUACAUUUUGUGAAAGGGGGGGGGGGGGGGUGUGUCUGGGUUUUGUGAGGAAUCACUGUCCUUCUGACUGCUGUUUGAUGUUGUAUGUCUGUGCCUGCAUACUGAGAAUGCCAAUUUGGAAUGUCUGGGAUUGAAUGGUGUGAAUUGAAUGAUGUGAGCUGUAAUGAAUAUUAACAGGACAAUACAGUACAUGCUUGUAUCUCA